AAACCAAGCAAUCCGCCUCAUCCCAGCUCGUCACGAUGCUCGCGACCGCCUCGCCGCACCUUCAGGCGGCCGCGCGCCGCCUCUUCCUGGCUGUACCCGUGAAUCAGGGCUGCAGUAGCAUCCGCCUCCCGCGCAGAUGCUUCGGCCGGUACGCGUCGGUGCGCGCGGCGUCGGUGACCGCCCCGCCCGCGAAGGAGGGGGCGGACGACCUGGGGUUCCUGGAGAUGUCGUCCGGGACGCGGCGACGGUACUACAUGCUUGGGGGCAAGGGUGGGGUCGGGAAGACGAGCUGCGCGGCGUCGUUGGCCGUGCGGUUCGCCAACAACGGCCACCCGACCCUCGUCGUCUCCACCGACCCUGCGCACUCGCUCAGCGAUUCCUUCGCACAGGAUUUGAGUGGCGGGACGCUCGUGCAGGUCGAGGGCCCUGAUUCACCUCUGUUUGCGCUUGAGAUAAAUCCUGAAAAGGCCCGGGAGGAGUUUCGGACAGUAAGUCAAAAAAAUGGAGGAACAGGAGUAAAAGAUUUCAUGGAUAGCAUGGGCCUUGGGGUGCUUGUUGAGCAGCUUGGAGAGUUAAAAUUGGGGGAAUUGUUGGACACACCACCACCUGGCUUGGAUGAAGCAAUUGCAAUUUCUAAGGUUAUGCAAUUCCUUGAAGCACAAGAAUACAGCAUGUUUAGUCGCAUUGUAUUUGACACUGCCCCUACGGGCCAUACACUCCGGUUAUUAUCCUUGCCAGAUUUCUUGGAUGCGUCCAUUGGGAAAAUCUUGAAGCUGAGGAGUAAGAUUGCUUCUGCAACAUCAGCUAUUAAAUCAGUAUUUGGACAAGAGGUCCAACAGCAGGAUGCAGCGAACAAAUUAGAGCAACUCAGAGAAAGGAUGGUCAAAGUAAGAGAGCUUUUCCGCGACACGGAAUCAACAGAGUUUAUAAUCGUGACAAUCCCAACGGUGAUGGCAAUCAGUGAGUCAUCAAGACUGCAUUCUUCGUUGCAAAAGGAAAGUGUUCCUGUAAGGAGACUCAUUGUGAACCAAGUUCUGCCACCUUCAACAUCGGACUGUAAAUUCUGUUCUAUAAAAAGAAAGGAUCAAACGCGUGCAUUGGAUAUGAUACGGACUGACCCAGAGUUAAAAGGUUUGAACAUUAUCCAAGCACCUCUUGUGGACAUGGAGAUUAGAGGUGUUCCGGCUCUCAAUUUUUUGGGUGAUAUACUGUGGAAGUAACUUCAGUUAUGGGAAACAGGAUCGCUUAUAAGGGUGCUUAAUUGGCCAAUAUCACUGUUAGCCUGCUGCACAAUUGCACUGCUCUGCAACUAGCAAUCUGUGGGCUCUUCUGGUUGUUUCCAGCUAACAAUUGCACAAUAAGCUUAAGUUGUUUCCAGCUACAAUACAGCACAACACAUUCUCCAUGGUGCGUUAAAUCUGAGUAGAAAGCACCAAAUUGGAGGGUUUUGCUGCACUCCUGCACUAGCAUUUGAUGACCUGUUACUCUUGGCAGUGAUGCAGAUUGGAUUUAGCCCCAAAUUAGGCUAAUUGAAGUGAAAUGCUGUAAUAUUUAUCCUUUUAUCAAUUAUCCCCAAGAUUAAUAGCAACACUUGUGGCCUUUUGGUUCGGCGACUUUGUAAAACUCUUCGUUUCUUAUGUGCCAUCUCAAUUUUGUACAA